UGCCGCCGGCGCUCUCGCACUUCCCGUUGGGCGUUCCCCGAAGUUGUCGCCGCGCAGGGUCCGGUCCAACCGUGAGGAUGUCAGCCAGUGUCCCUGGGAGUGCCAAUGUGGCUGCUGGCAGCAAUCGUCGCCUUCAGCAGACACAACACCAAGUAGAUGAGGUUGUUGACAUCAUGAGAGUGAACGUGGACAAGGUGCUGGAGCGUGACCAGAAGCUGUCAGAGCUGGAUGACCGAGCUGAUGCACUGCAAGCAGGAGCAUCCCAGUUUGAGACCAGUGCAGCCAAGCUGAAAAGGAAGUAUUGGUGGAAGAACUGUAAGAUGUGGGCAAUAUUGAUAGCUGUUCUUGUCAUUAUUGUCAUCAUCAUUAUUGUCUGGAGCACGUCCUGAGUUCCAGAAGAGCCUCAGCCCCACCCAAGUGCCUCCAAUUCCUCCACUCCGAACCUCCUGCGUUUUCAGCCAAUUUUUCUGCUGUUUGAGCAAAACUGUUUCGAUUACUGAAAUGUUAACUAACGUUACCCGGUUGCCUUAAGACACUCCUCAUAAAUCACUAACGAGCACAGCC